CCUCACGUGCUCUUCGUUGCUUGCAUCUACCAUGAUCUAAGCACAAUUGAGAAAUAUGACGGCAAUCCUAAGCGCUUUGAGAUCGUUGCUGGCGACGAAGCCGUGCAACUCCUCCGUAAACAUGGCGAGAGCGAAUCGGUCGCCAGAGAAGCCUGGCUGGCCAUGUCACUUCACACUACGCCCCAUAUCCCAGAGAACCUGGGAGGAGCUGCACAGGCAGUCCGGCUGGGAAUCAGGACUGAAUUCCGGGGUUUCCAGCUAGCUAAAGAAGCUCUCACAGAGGAGCAGUGGAGGAUCAUCAAGGAAGACUUGCCCCGCCUUGGUAUAGAGAAAGAUUUGUCCGAUGCAGUUGUUCGACAAGCGCUGGCGAAUGAAGAAAAGGCACCAAGAAUAACAUGGGCAGGAGAGCUAUUGAAGUGGAAGAAGGCGAACCCAGACUUUCAGGGCACCAACCAAGCAUUUUAA